AUGCUAAGGACAGCCAUGUUGUGGAAGGUGUCCCUGUUGGUAGGGCUGAUUGUGCUAGGCACUCAUAUACGGACUAUUGACAAAGAAUUUGUGGACAUUACUAAGGAUCUAGAUUAUUUUGUGGCAUCAGUCGAGUUUGUUGUGGCUCAGUUCAGUGAAAACAAUCCAGAAGAGUACACAUACAGAUUGCUAGAAGCUGGGAGAGCCCAGAAAAAGAUAUGGACACUGAUUUUUUUAAUGGACUUGGAGAUGGGACGCACAAUUUGUAGGAAACAUGAUGAAAACACCCAUAAUUGUCCAUUGCUACAAGGCUCAGGAGAAAAGAGGGUGCACUGUGUUUUUCAAGUAAAUGCCCGACCUUGGUUUUCCCAGUUCACCAUCCUGAAUAGCACCUGUGUACCAACAUAA